UCUACUUCCGGUUAGUGGCGGAGCGCCGUGAAUCUGGCUUGUUUUCCGCGUGGAGGAGUGGAGAGCCGGGUCGGUCAGCUCCGGAGCUAGCUCCGUGUUUAGAGCGGCGGGCCGGCGACAUUUCUCGCCGCGGGCCCCGAGCCCUUUCGUUGGUAGCGCGCAGCUCGCCGUGCGGGGCGGCUGAAAGCGCGGAGAAACCGAAAGGCAGACGCGCCGCUCCCCGCAGCUCCCGGCCGCUCCCCGCAGCUCCCGGCCGCUCCCCGCCGCUUUGCUCCGACCGCCGAAAGCUGUUUAUAAUCGCCGGUGGACUGAGCUGAAACUUUUUAAGUGCAGCAAGUAUUUAUUGGAGGAAUAACUCACCAGGAAUUAAAGAUGAGUAAGAGCAAAGAUGAUGCACCUCAUGAACUAGAGAGCCAGUUUAUCUUACGAUUGCCCCCAGAAUAUGCCUCUACUGUGAGGAGGGCAGUGCAGUCUGGACAUGUCAAUCUGAAAGACAGACUGACCAUUGAGUUACACCCUGAUGGGCGUCAUGGAAUUGUCAGAGUGGAUCGUGUUCCAUUGGCCUCAAAGUUGGUAGAUUUGCCUUGUGUUAUGGAAAGCUUGAAAACCAUUGAUAAAAAAACCUUUUACAAGACAGCAGAUAUCUGUCAGAUGCUCGUAGCCACAGUAGAUGGUGACCUUUACCCUCCUGUGGAGGAGCCAGUUGCCACUGCUGAUCCCAAAGCAAGCAAGAAAAAAGAUAAGGAUAAAGAGAAAAAAUUUGUUUGGAACCAUGGAAUUACUCUACCUCUAAAAAAUGUCAGAAAGAGAAGGUUCCGGAAGACAGCCAAGAAGAAGUAUAUUGAAUCUCCAGAUGUGGAAAAGGAAGUGAAGCGGUUACUGAGUACAGAUGCAGAAGCUGUCAGCACUCGUUGGGAGAUAAUCGCUGAAGAUGAAACAAAGGAGACAGAGAAUCAAGGCCUUGAUAUCUCCUCUCCAGGAAUGUCUGGCCACAGGCAGGGCCACGAUUCGCUGGAACAUGAUGAACUUCGAGAGAUAUUCAAUGACCUCAGCAGCAGCAGUGAAGAUGAAGAAGAUGUAAACAUCAUUGACACCGAGGAAGAUCUGGAGCGACAGCUACAAGACAAGCUCAAUGAGUCAGAUGAACAGCACCAAGAAAAUGAAGGAACCAAUCAACUGGUUAUGGGUAUCCAGAAACAGAUUGAUAACAUGAAAGGCAAGCUUCAAGAGACCCAAGACAGGGCAAAGCGCCAAGAGGACCUCAUCAUGAAAGUAGAAAACCUGGCUCUCAAGAACAGGUUUCAGGCUGUUCUGGAUGAACUCAAACAAAAGGAAGACAGGGAGAAAGAGCAGCUUAGCUCUUUGCAAGAAGAGCUAGACUCACUUCUAGAGAAGUGAGAAUGUUGAUUUCAGACCUUUAGACCGGUCAGCUUGAGAAAAAUUGUUUUUCAUAAGAUCUCAAAAUUGUUCUUAUUUCCUAUAAUGCUAGGAGUUUUGUUGAAUUUUGUUGGUUGUUUUUGGAAACGUUGUGCCAGGUUUUCAUUCUUUAUUAAGUAGGAUAUAUGUAUAGGCUGACAUAAGGAAGUUUUAAGUAGCUUUAAUCACUUUACUAUAGGACUUUAUUACUAUUUGUCUCUUUUCCAGAAGUGUUUAUUCCUGUUCAUUGGUGCUAAGAUCAGUAAGAAGCUAGCCUACAGGCAGUGAAGUUAGUUCAUGUUAUUAUUUUUUUUUAAAUUUUUUAAGUACAUGUAUACAGUAGCUAUUUUAUUAGCUACUCAGCAAGUUUCCAUGUAUAGAAAUGAAGGUUAUUUCAUAAAGUUGUUUCUUGCACAAUAAAAGCUACUGUUCACAUUAUAAUGUUUACCUUGUUCUGUGACUAGUGAGAGUUGAGGUGGAUUCAUGGAGUUUAAUGACUGAAUGGUGUGGUCAUGUUUUGUAGAUAAAGAUACAUGCUGUUGUUCUUUUCUAUUUUCAGAAAAAGGAAUACACGGGGUAGGAAAUGGAGAAAUUCAUCUUUGCAUUAUAUUAAGGUUCAGAGCCACCUUGAGGUUUGAGAACACUGGGGUCCAGAGCCUUCUUAAACUAUCCUAGUUUUCAUUAAGCACUAAGGUUGUCUGUGUAAAGUACAGGAGUCAGCAAAACAAUGGUUAUCAGAUAAACCAUUCUGCCUGUUUAGAUUAAGAUUACAUUUCUGUACAAUUUAAUUGCUAUAGUUAUUUAAUAGACUGUUGCAUGUUCCUGUUAUUAAUAUUUCCCAUUAUGAAAGGCUGUGUUCUGGCCUAGUAUUUUAAAUUUUCAUACAUAUAAUUUUCACUUUCUCUGAAGCAUUUAAUGUUUCACAAUUGAGAGGGGUAUUUUUAGAAAACAAGUCAAACUGAUAAGGAGCAUAGUUAAAAUUAGUUUGUGUCAGAUUGGUUUGUAAAACUUCAGUUUGAAAAUACUUGAUAAAACAAAGCUUAAAUUUUCUAUUUGUCAGGAUUUAUUAGUGGUAAAGUGUGGAAAAAUCAAUUAU